AUGGCCCUCGCCGGCUCGGAGCCGAUCGCUCGAGUGGGCGGCCUCAGCAAAAGAGCCCCUCGAGCAUGUGAAUCGUGCAGAGCUCGUAAGGUCAGGUGCGACGUCACGCGGACAAAAGCUCCAUGUACAAACUGUAGGCUUGACAGCAAGACAUGUGUACUGCCAGCAAGCAGACGGAGACACGUGGGCGACCGGAUACUGGGCUCCUCUUUCUUGGAAGGCAGACAACACAAUCCACAAAGCCCAAUUUGCGACGCGAUCAUUGACUUUGGUGAUACGAAACCAAUAUCGCUACACAACCACGUUGACUAUACCUACGUGCAGCCCCAAGAUGGCUCAUUCGAUGUGUUCGACCUUGAAGAAAGCCCUCUCUCCAUGUAUGACAAGAUCGCCAGAGUCAGCUCCUCAGGGAAGGACACCGUGAUCAACAGCAAGGUCUAUUACCAGACAUGUCUUCUGUCACCAUAUCCCUCGCCAGCACACUCACUCUUGGACUGUUCUCAUCCCCACUGGAUACUUCCGAACUAUAUCACACCCAUUGCGAGAAACAUAUCCGGGGAGGACUUGCAGUAUCUCAACAACAAAGGCGCUUUUGAUAUUCCCGAGACGCAACUGAGGGACCAGCUGCUGAGCGCGUAUGUAAGAUGGGUCCACCCUUUCGCGCCCAUGCUAGACCUUGAACAGGUCUUGGUGGCAAUCUUCACCAAUGGCGAGAAGGGGACUCUAAGUCUUCUCGUCUUUCAGUCAGUGCUCUUCGCCGCCAGUGCGUAUGUGCAGACAGGUAUUCAGCAAGGCAACCGGAAACGACUGAGGCAGACGUUCUAUGAGCGUGCGCGGCUUCUCCACGACUUUGAUGCCGAGGCCGACCGCCUUUCACUCUGCCAGGCAGCGAUUCUGCUCAGUUUUUGGGAUGGCCAGCCCGGCUCAGUUAGAGACAGCUAUCAUUGGAUCGGUAUAGCGACCAUACACGCUAUCAGCCUGGGACUGAACGUCACUCCUGUAGAAAGCCUGGUUGGAUCAGGGCGCCAGCGAGCGCUCAACAAGACGUGGUGGACUCUGCUUGUACGGGACAGACUACUAGCUGUUGCCAUGCGAAGGCCCGUUCAGAACAAGGUGUUUCGAUUCGAUGCCCCCAUGCUCCAUCUCCUGGAGUUCAGGCCGGAAUCUCUGGUCGAGGUGUUGCGCAUGAUGUUGCACAUGGAAGAUGUUACAGUUCAACAUAUGGAAAUCCUGGUCGGGCUGUGGAUGGCGCUCGCUCAGCUUUCCGAGUACAUCGAGAAAGUGCUCAGUCUACAGUACACUUCUCAGAGAGCCUCGGCACUUCCCCUUCAGGGUUCAGCAGUCGUGUCGCUCAUCCCACGGAUGGAUGUUUCGAAGACCUCCGAGAUCAGGGCUUGCGGGCUCGAGCUGCAAAGCUGGUACGGGUACUUACCGAAAGAGGUCCAGCUGCUCGAUCUAGCCGUUGGCCAUCAGAACGAGGUAGAAACGAUCAGAGUGCACCGCGCACUGCUGGCUGGCUACUAUUCGAUGACGCUCAUGACGCUCUACCGGCCUUUGUUGAAUCUGGGGUCUACCGUACCGAAUGAACCGACAUUAUGCCGGGAGUCGGUGAGAGUUGUCUCGCAAGCGGCGGCGAGUAUUACGGACAUCUUCAAGAAUCUGUAUGCCGACAGUUCGAUCACCCGGCUGCCUGAUACAGCAAUAGCAGUACUGGAGCCUGCUGCAGCGACGCACUUGCACUACAGCAUGUCAGCAACGCCUACGGUCCGAGAGUCGAGCAUCCAAAAAUUCUACCUGUGUUGGCGGAUCCUGCUCCAGUUCAGGCAAACAUACCCUCUCGCAGAUAUGACCAUGUCCAUGCUGGAUGCAGCUGCGAAGAGGCUCAAAUCGCCUCCAGAUCUCAGGGCCCUGAAGAGAGCGACUUUCUCCCAGCUGAUGGGUGAGCUCGCGUCGGCAGAUGAAGAAGCCGCGAGAUCUUACAUGGCCGUUCCAUCUGUCCCAUUCGUUGGGGUGGUAGGCGAGCAGAAGGCCGAUCACUCUGAUGUCGUCCAUGACUGGACCAGACUGAGGAGCCUCCAAGAGGAACCCAGCUUUCCUGGAGAAAGUGGCACGGAUCCCGACCAUAGUUUUGGAAUCGACACCGAGUCGGUGUUUGAUCAGACCCCCUUCGACCAGCUUGUGUGCUGGGACGAUGUGGAAGCAGAGCUGCUGUCGUAG